AUGAAGAAAUUCUUGACUAUUACUUGUGGAUAUGAUGCAGCCUUAUCUCCCACACCAUUAUCACUUGAUGAAGAAAGCACGGCUAAGAAGCAUCAUUCGUCAUCCAUGAUCUUUUUCCUUGGAGGGUUAAUCGUGCUCCUAAUAUUGCUGAUUCUUUUGUAUGUCUUCUGGAAAUUUGUCAGACCGGCACAACUAAGGAAGGCGGCCAAGCGUGAGAAGAGCUGCAAAGAUUAUUUCAGUGGGAAUCUGAGGACGAUAAGCUAUUUUAGAUUCCAAGCACUUAAGAAGGCGACUAAAAACUUCCAUGAUGAUAACUUUCUUGGAAGAGGUGGAUUUGGGUCAGUCUAUCGGGGUAAAUUGCAAGACGGUAGACUAGUUUCUAUAAAGAAACUGUCACUUGACAAAUCACAACAAGGAGAUGCAGAGUUCCUUGCAGAGGUGAGGAUGAUCACUAGCAUUCAACACAAGAACCUUGUCCGCCUUCUUGGAUGUUGUAAUGAAGGAGCACAAAGGAUACUUGUGUAUGAGUACAUGAAGAAUAGGAGUCUGGACCUCAUAAUUUAUGGCAAAAACGAUCAGUACCUGAACUGGAGCACUCGGUUUCAAAUAAUUUUGGGUAUUGCUCGGGGAUUGCAGUACCUGCACGAGGACUCACACAUCCGGAUUGUGCACAGAGAUAUCAAAGCCAGUAAUAUUCUUCUUGAUGAAAAGUUCCAACCAAGAAUUGGAGAUUUUGGCCUCGCCAGGUUCUUUCCUGAGGACCAAGCUUAUCUCAGCACCGCGUUUGCUGGAACAUUAGGCUAUACAGCCCCAGAGUAUGCCAUUAAAGGAGAACUAUCUGAAAAAGCUGACAUUUACAGUUUUGGAGUUUUGGUUCUUGAAAUCAUUAGCUGUAGGAAAAAUACCGAUCUCACUUUACCAUUAGAAAUGCAAUACCUUCCUGAAUAUGCAUGGAAGCUGUACGAAAGGUCAAACAUGGUCAAUCUCAUAGAUCCAAGAAUGCAGAAUGAUGGUUAUGUGGAGAAAGAUGUAAUGCAAACAAUUCGGGUGGCUUUGCUAUGUCUCCAGCCUCAUGCAAACUUAAGACCACCCAUGUCAGAGAUUGUGUCAAUGUUAACUUGGAAGCUCCAAAUGGUCAAAUCACCAGUGAAGCCGACAUUCUUAGAUGGAGGACGACGAAUGAAGGUUGAUAAGCGUUCUUGGGAAGCCAUUUCGGAUUGUUUCCCUUCUCCUCUUGAAAGUGGAUCGCCCAACCUGUCCCAACCUCCAAACUCUUUAGAUUUCAGUGUCAACCAAAGCUUUUCAAGGGAUUUUGGUGAGAAUCAAGUGUAA